AUGGGCGAUGCAUUCGGAUACGAGGCAGUCUUCCCCACCACGCUGGUACUCAUGUCCCCUGAAGAUGUUGACCUUGGCGAGUGGCGGCUACGAUCUUGCCAUGCGCUUGAGUUGAUCGGCCAAGCCGUGAGUGAAUCUCAUCCGAACUUCACAGCUUCAGCAUUCGUCGGAGAGAUCAUGAUUGGGGGCAAGUGCGUGACAGCUGAUGUGAAGAGCAGUCAGUGGUCGAGAGGCACCUCUAGGAGGAGCACGAUCCUCUAUGUGGCUUAUGGCUUGAAUCCCAUNNCACAACCUGGCAGGGGUUGGCGUGCAGAAUGCCAGACUUGCGCCUUGCGUCAGGUGGGCGAGUGGUUCGUUCAAGGCUAUGGCCCUCGCGUCGCGAGCCAAGCGAAGGCACUCCAAGAGCGAUUUCCACCCCUCGUCGCGACCACGAUCGCGGUGGUCUUUAUCAUUUCCGUGCUCUUCACCAGGUCUUUGGUCUCGACGAUGAGAGCUUUGUUCUGCUUGUCCUGGAUGGUCGCAGCUUUAUGGGCGCUGUGCAGUUGGGUCUUUCCUUCCGGGUUGUACUACGUGGUCCCCCCCAUGAUGCUUCCAUUCCUUGUGGGAGUGGCUUUGGACUACGACAUCUUCUAUGUUGAAGCGGUUUUGGAGCACUGCCGGUCAGGCAGCACGCCCAAAGAAGCUAGCCUUUCAGCUUUGAACCAAACGGCCAACACGAUCACAGCUGCAGGAAUUAUCAUGAUCAUUGCUUUUGUGCCUCUGCUCCUAUCUUCCACCUUGGUCAUGCGGCAGAUCGGCUUCAUGGCUGUCGCGGGCUUGGUCAUCAGCAGCGGUUGGAGUACCAAGGUGGUGGCACCUUUGUGGCUUCAGAUGCUCGACAGCUGCAGUUUCUGGCCUCGUAGCUUUCAGCAAGAUCAGAAUCCUGUGGAUGUGGUGUUCCUUGCACAUCCUGCCUACCUGGUUGACUUCUUCGUGCUUUUCUCAUCGCCCACUGACACACGUGUGCGCUAUUUGGGUCUCGGUGCUUUGAACAAGGCGGAGUUCUUGAACGGAGGAGGCCGGGACUUGCUUGAGAAGCUACCGGCCAGGCGCAUGCGCAUCAGCCAUGGAGAUCACCUGACGGCCGCUGCGGUGGUGGAGACGGUGAUGCAGCUGAGCUAUGAGAACUCCAAGAUCUUCAUGACUGGUGCGACCAGCAAGACGGGCAGGGCUGUGGUGCUUGGCCUUCUGCGCAGAGGCGUGCAGGUGCUUUGCCACAGCACCAGCCUCGAACGACGCCAAGACUUGGAGAGGCAUGGCAUCCGAACGACCUCCGAGCUGCGGGACGGUGAGAGCUGUGAGCUUUGGAUCGUGGGGAAGUAUGAUGUGGCGGUGAACCAAUUCAUGCCUCCAGGUGCAACAGCGUGUGUCUUCGCCGUGCCCAACCCAGUUUCUCGCACAGACAUCCAUGUUUGUGAGGGUGCCACACUUCAUUUGGACAAGAAGCGCCUUGAAGGGAGGCGCGCCAACCUGAAGCUCGCAGCGCAUGAGAUCUAUGCCUGCAAUGCUGCGGCCCUUGUCUUUGCAUCCAAGCAAGGAGACGAGGACGAGGUGGAUGCCAUUGACCCUACCACCUUGGACACCUAUUUCCAGGAAGCUAAAGCCAUGGGGUUCAGCCUUCCCAAGCCUCGCGCGUAG